AUGGUGGACGAUGUGGAUAGUUCUAAUACGAAUUUGUCGCUCGUAGAAGAACAUUCUUCAACACAAAUAAGAUCAAGUUUAAGUUGUGAUAGCCCGCAAAACAAACCUAAUAAUAAGACCUGGAGCAGUUCACUAAAGUGUUCUGUUUCGUGUACUUCUUUAUUACCGGUUUUCAGCAUACCUUCAGAAAAGAGUCCUUCUUCGUAUGUCUACCGCACAGAUGGUGCUGAGCGUGGACUGUGUGUUGUUUUUUCAGUUGAUAAAUUUGAUCCGAUACUUUGUUUGCCACCAAGAAAUGGUUCUUUGGUUGAUAUACAAAAUAUUAAGAGAGCUUUUACGAGCCUCGACUUUAGGGUCAUAGUGCAUUCAAAUCCGACAUCCGAAAGUUUAUUUUCUUUAAUCCGAACAAUCUCAACACAAAAUCUACGCGACCAUGAUUGUUUCGCUUGUGUAAUUCUUUCUCAUGGUGAUGAGGGUGGAUUAAUAUACGCAACAGAUGGUUCUAUUCCCGUGGAUCGUAUCAUCGCUCCAUUUCGUGGGGAUCAAUGUUUGGAUUUAAGAGGCAAGCCAAAACUAUUCUUUAUCCAAGUAUGUCCUUUUUAA